CAAGGAGUCUUCUUGUAUGGAGAAAAAUAUCAAUAUUUACAGAUUUUUAUGUGUUUUUCAGUGAAUUUGUGUAAAUUUGUGUUUUACCACGAUGGAUAAAUGUGGGAUAUGUUUAAAACCAGCCGUUCAACUUUUUGAAACUGGGAAGGAAGGAGUGUAUGCUUGCUUCAAAUGCCAGCCACUGGUGCCCGAGGUGACCAUUGGGGAGAAUGGAGAGCAACCAGGACAGGUACUGGAGGACCAGACCGAAAAGGAUGAAGACGAGUCAUCAGGCAACUUGUACUGUGGCAUAUGCCAGAAGUCUUUCCAGAAGAGCGGGCAGCUGCAGAACCAUCUCCGCAAUCACCGUGCUGAGCGACGCUUCAUAUGCACCUACUGCAACAAGGCGUUUUCCCAGUCGAACAACCUCCGCGCUCACCUCCGUAUUCACACAAACGAGCGGCCAUACAAAUGCAGCGAAUGCGGGAAGGCUUUUACACAGGUCACCAACUUGAAUAAUCACGUGCGUUUACACACGGGGGAGAGGCCCUUCGUGUGUCCCGAACCUGGCUGCAAUAAAGCGUAUGCACAGGUGACGAACCUGAACCAACACCGCAAGCGACACCUCAACGGGCGCCCGGUGGAGACCACGUACGACUGCACCAUCUGCGGGGAGCAGUUCCAACAGAGGAACCACAUGUACACGCACAGACGCGACGUCCACGCAGAAGUACCGAAGGCUUCAUCCCAGAGUCCGAUGCGGCGACAUGUCUGCAAACUAUGCGAUCUCGCGCUGCCCAACGAGAGACAGUUGCAGCAACACGUCGCGCAACAUGUCGCUGACCACAGCCCCAGCGAGCCCGAGGACAACGCGUCAGACGGGUCGCUGUCGUGCGUGUUCCGCUCGUGCGGCGCGCGGCUGUCGUCGGCGCACGAGCACACGGAGCACCUGCUAUCGGCGCACCAGCUGCGCGUGCUCACGGCGCGGGCGCCACAGCCGCCGCGUCGCGGCCGCCCGCCCAAGGGACACACCGCCGCUAUACUGCGGAAGACAAAGCAAGAACGAGAUCCAUUGGAGAUAAAGGAGCCAGCAUUUCGACCGAUCAAAAUAAUCAACGCUGACGAUAUGCAGUUCACUCCAAAACUAAAAGCACAGUUAUUCCAAUGAGCGAGUACAGUGACACGUUUCGGGGACAAUUCAGUUAUAAUAUAUCGGAAUCACAGCGCACCGCUGUACCUUCGCAUGAAGCUAAAGCGUAAAUAAGCUUACUUAAGUACAUUAUAAAGCGUUUUUCGAAAAAUAAAUGAAUAUUGUCUGAGAACUUGGUGGUACGCACUACUGUGCGUGAAAAGGGAUAGCCAUUAUUUAAGCAGUUUAAAGUCAAAAUCACUUGUUUAUAUUUCAAAGUAGUUGAAUGCACUAUUUUUAAAUGUGCACAUGUGUUACGGCUUACGGCGCACGGUAGAGUGUGAAUCCAAGUUCUAAUUAACAAUAAAUAUUAUCACGUAAGAGUUUAAAUAGUAUGCAUUUAUAAGUCGAUUGUUCAAAAUGGAGUUAUCUUAUAAUUGUUAGUGAUAUCGUAAGUGCAAUUUAAUUUCACGAUAAAAAAUAUAGUAAUAAUAAGGUGUACAAAGAUGGAAUAUCGAGUAUUAUAUGGUUUAUAAGAUAAAAUUGAGUUUUAAAUUAAUAAUAUUCAUUGAGAGUGUUCAAGCAAUAGAAUUAAAUUAUGAUCUCUAAAAUUAGAACCUCAACCAUGAAAUAUGCAUAACAAAGUUGAAAUGGAUAUAUAUUAGUGUCUUUUUUAUUUACGUAAUCCUUUUGAGAAGGACUCAAUAUUAACUACUAUAAGUCGGUACAUUUUGUAACAUUUACAUUAUUUUAAUAGAUUUACUUUAAGUGUCGUAAGGUUUAUUGCAAACGACUGAUGGUUAUGGGUCAAGAAAUUUGGUAUGUCAGGAUCAUAAUAAGGGAAAUUCAGAGUGAGUGGUCUCUACUCACCGUAAUCAAAAAUAGACGCGACUAUAUGUAUGUAUGGGUCGGUCGGAAUAGGUAACAUUAUUUGUAGGACUAAGAGCGAUUUCAGAUUAGCGUUUCUUUCUACGAGUCGUUUCGGCACGCGCGCUAAAUUUCGCUUUAUACCGGCGUGUUCGAUCGAAUUAAUGGUGGUCAGUUUAGUAGCAAUAUUAUAUAGAGUUUAAAAGCACGUUGGCAAAAGCGCGUCUAUACACGCGCUUCCAAACACGAUCAUACACGCGCAUUUAAAUAAUUUCUUUUUGUCAUUAUAUUGUUUAACCUAAUUAUUAUUGGUCGUUUGCGAUAAGUCUUAAUUUCUUAUCGUCAUAACGUAUCCCGUCUUCAAUAUAUGUUUAUUGAUUGUAUUUUUACAAAUACUUUAAUAUGCGUGCUUUAUGGAAAGUUCGUUUGCAGGCAGUUUCUAAUAGUUGUAUGAUUUUGGUAUGCGAUUUAGAUUGUUACUUUGCCAUCUUUAACGUAGCGGCUUCAGCCAUAGACUUAGAUCCGUAAGCAAUGAUAUCUUGGGGUCAUUAUAAUUAGUUUUAUUUAAAGAAGCAAAUCUUUAUAUAAGAGACCGUUGAACUAGUGAGAAUCACUAGCAAAUCUCAUUAGGUUCUACUGCAUUUAAAUAUUUUUUCUGUAACCGAAGUAUUUUACUGUUAAUAGUCUAAUGACGACUACUGAAAAUGUUGUGAAUGUCUUAUGAACUUGUGUGUUGUAUAGGGAGUCUACAAACACAAUACAACACUAUUUUGUGCACAAUCACACAAGAAAAUAACACUAUACAAGUAGGUAAGAAGAAGUACAGCAGGCGGUUUUAUUGCUAAUUAGCAAUUUCUUCCAGGCAACCUUAGGGUGACAAAAACUGUCAUUAGAAAUAAUAAUCGGGGCGGAGUCUAUUCAUCUACUUUUUAAUUUACAUUUGAAAAUAUUUCUCUUUUUCGGCAGCUUUCUUUUAAUAUACCUAUUGAUAAAGUAGUUAUAGAUAAUUUAUUAUAAUAAAAAUAUACCCUCAUCCAACCAAUUUUAAUAAAAAAACAACAAUUAAAUUAUCUAGUUAUAAUGGCCCAAGUAAGUUGUAGACUAAGGUGAAAAUGUUCCUAUGAAUGUAUCAGAGCGGUUAAAUAGUCGGGUAGCGUGUACAGACCAUUAAGCUAGACGUGUAAAGUGUACGUGGCAGAUUUUUCUAUUAACAUACAUUUAUCUUAAAAUAUAAAAUUUUAAACUA